CACGCCAGGGCCUUGCCGCUUUCAUGCGACUGAACAACCGGUCGUCCCGCGGUCAGCCGGACAGAAGGAGUAUACCGCCGGCCCUGAAACGCAACUCCAUUGGACGCGACACGAAUAGUGCCAUAGCGACAAGGAUGCUGUCCCCGCGCGCCGAGCUGUGGCUCAAACUGGGCCGAACCUGCAACCUCAGCCUGGGCUGCAUGGGAAUGGGUCUCAUCUUGGCGCUGACUGGUGUGGCGUUGCUAGACUUGGUCGAGAUCUACGACUCCAACAUUUCAAGCGUGUCGCAACUCAUCACCACACGCUGCGUCGGCGGCCUGCUCGGCUCUCUACUAGGAGGCAAGCUGUAUGACAUGUACAACGUGCAGAUCAUGUCUAUACUGGUGAUGGCGAUCGCCUGCGUGACGGUGCUCAUGAUUCCGCUCAGUGGAAGCCUGCCGCUUGCUCACGCCAUGGUCUUCUUCGGCGGGAUCAGCUCGGGUGCCUUCGACACCGGCGCGAACGUGUGGAUCAUCAACCUGUGGCCGGGGAACAGCAGCCCGGCGCUGCAGGUCUUCCAUCUGGCCUUUGGCGUCGGCUGCCUGCUGGCACCGCUCAUCGCCGAGCCCUUCCUGUCCACGGGCCAUGGCGGCUCGCCGCUGAACCAGACGGCCACCAACCUGAGCGAGCACUUGAGCUCCAACGACACCGGCUACAGCCCGUUGGAGUCCCCGACCGGAACCGGCGAGAGCCGGGUCUACUACGCCUUCGGCAUAGUCAGCGCCUUCCACCUUGCCCUGGUCGUUGCCAUGGUGGCGCUCUACCUGUUCGACAACGCCGACACCAAGCCUCGCCGUGGGGAUGGCACCCCCGGGUGCGAGAAGGAGUCUCCCGAGGAGGUGCGCUUCACCCGCAUCGUGCUGGCCCUGCUGAGCGCCUACGUGUGCGUCUACGUGGCGCUCGAGUGCACGACGUCCCAGAUGCUCACCGCGUUCGCCGUGAAGAGCGAUCUGCACUUCACCAAAUCGGCGGCCGCUCGCGUAGCGGCCGUCUACUUCUUCUGCUUCGCGGCGAGCCGUCUGGCGGCCGCGCUGGUCACUAUCAAGAUGUCGCCUCUUCAGAUGCUCGCCCUCUCCAACGUCAUACUCUUCGUCGCGGCCGCCGUGCUCGUGGUGUGGGGUUCAAGCAGCGGCGCGGUGCUUUGGGCGUGCAGCGCGCUCACGGGCAUCGGCCAAGGUCCCGUGUACGCGGCCGCGGUCGCGUGGAUCGUCGCCUACAUCAACAUCAGCAACAUGAUGAUGUCCGUCGUCCUAAUCGCGGCGGGCGUCGGCGCACUGUCGCCGCCUCUUCUCGUGGGUCAGUUCUUAGACCACAGUCCAAACCUGUUCCUCUACGUAUGUUUCGCGGCGGUCCUGCUGUGCGUAGUGUUUUUUGUCGCCAUCUACUUUUACGUUCGAAAAAGCCCGCUGCUGAACGCUGACAAAGACGCGUGCGUUAUUGGAACUUGCGAAAAACCUCUCGAACGGAAUGCUUUCGCUCUAGCGACGUCUCCGCCCCCUGCAGCUAGAUUCGCCGCUCCGCAGGAGACGAUCAUUUCCCGAGUAGUUCAAUAAACAUAACCGGCAGCAUUGGAACUUCAA